AUGUAUGCUUAUCAUAAAAAAAUUAAAAUGUAUGGUUAUUUUGAAAGAAUUAUUUCAAGAUUUAGAUUUGAUUCACCCAGUCAUAUGCUACUCAGGGACAAGCGAUGGGUAGAGGAAGUCGCCCAGAAAGAGGCGGCGAUGGCACAGCCGGUUAAGAGGCAAGCAGCAGGACAAGCAGCAGGAAAUGAUGAGAUUAAGGAGGAACAGGUUUUGGGUUUAAUUGUGAAAAGUGGUUAUAAUAAUGAUAAUAAAUGCGAGGCAAACCUCAAACCCUAUUGUGAGGAAUUGAAGAAAAUAUAUGGAAAAUUGGAGAGUGUGGAUGUCAAAGUUAAUGGACUUUGUGAAAAUCUUUACGAAAAAGGAAAAGACCGAAAACAGAGCGAUAAAUUUGAAACUGAACUGGAAGCUUUAUUGCGUGCUUUUGAAACUGCAUUCCAAAACCUAACAGAUGACCUAUGGAUUGAAUAUGAAGGACCAAAAUUAGAUUUUAGUCCGGUUAGAGAAAAACCAAGAUUUCCAGAAAAGAUUGAAGUGGAAAAUCUUUAUAAAAAAGAAGAAGCUAAGGGAAUUAUUGUUGGAAAACCAAAAUAUAAGACGUUGCGAGAUUUAGCAUUAUUGUUGAUCAAAGAAAGGAAUGGAAAAGAUGAGGGAGAAAAAUGCAAAAAAGCGUUAGAAGAUUGUGAAUCUUUUAAACACCUAGAUUAUGGAUUAGAAGAAUUAUGUGGAGAUAAAGAUAAAGAGGAUAGAUGCAAAGAAUUAGUAGAAGUAGAAGAUAGAUGUACGAAUUUUAAAUUAGAACUUUACCUGAAAGGAUUGUCUACGGAAUUUGAAAAAGAUAAAGAAUCAGAUUAUUUUUCAUGGGGACAGGUAUCAAAAUUGGUUAGUAGGGAAGAUUGUAUAAAGUUUGAAUCGGAAUGUUUCCAUUUAGAAGGUGUAUGUACGAAUAAAAUUGGAAAAGCAUGUGAAAAUGUAAGAGUAGCAUGCUAUAAAAAGGGACAAGAUAGGGUGUUGAAUAGAUACUUUCAAGAAGGAUUGAAAGGGCUUAUUGGUGAUUUAGAAUUGGUUACUGAGAAUCUUGAAAAAUGUCAAAAAUCGGUAGUAGGUAAUUAUACAAAACUUAAGGAGGAUAGAAGAUACUUUACAAAGUGUCAUCUACCAACUAAACUAUGUUAUGAACUUUUAGAUGAUGUAAUUCUUCAAUCGGAAGAAUUAGAAGUAGUUUUAAAUUUGAGAAGAGAUUUUCCAAGAAAGGAAGAUUGUGUAGAAUUGAAGAAGAAGUGCAAAGAUCUUGAAAGUGAUUCAUAUUUGAAUCAUGAGAAAUGUGAUACACUGAAUAGACGAUGUGAAUAUUUAAAAGUUACAGAAGAAUUGAGAAAAAGAUUAUUAAAAAGAGGAGAUGAUGCAUUAAGAACUCAAGGAAAUUGUACGGCAGUAUUAAAGAAAGAAUGUGAGGAAUUAUCUAGAAGAGGAAAAGAAGAUUUUAGUGUUUCAUGUGCUUUACGAGAAGAAACAUGUAGUUUUAUGAAAAUUAUAGAAAAAAUUGAAAAUGGAAAAAGAAAUGAAACAUUGGUUGAAGAACUCUGCACGUUGUUUGAUCCAUAUUGUCAUCAAUAUAUAGAAAAUUGUCCAGAUAGGUUGAAAAAAUCAAACAAUGCGGGUAGAGAAGGAGUCUGUUUAGAACUAGAAGAGAAAUGCAAGCCAUUCUUUGAAAAGUUAAAAUUGGAGAAUGAGUUGACGCAUAAAUUGAAAGGUAGUUUAAGCGAUGAAACUAAAUGUAAAGAAACAUUAGGAAAACAUUGUACUGAAUGGAAAAAAGAAGGGAAUCAAACAUUGAAUAGUCUAUGUGAAGAUGCUAAGAAAGAAGAACUUUGCAAAAAGUUGGUUAAAAAAGUAAAAGAAAAAUGUCCAACCCUAAAAAAUAAACUGGAUAAUGAGAAAGAUGAAUUAGAGAAGAAGAAAGAUGAAUACGAAAAGGUGAAACAGGAAUCAGAAAAAUUUGCGAAGGAAGCUAAGUUAGUAUUAUCAAGACCUGAACAAGAUGGACAAGGUGGAGGAUCAAAGGCUCAAGAUGGCAGUGUUCCUAAACCAGUGGGACCACCGGUACAGCCACCAGCACCAGCACAACCAACACCAGGAGGCGUACCAGUACCAGCACCAACACUAGCACCGCCAGCACAACCAACAUCAGGAGGGGCACCAGUACCAGUACCACCAGCAGCACCAGGAGGAACACCAGGAGGGGCACCUGUACCAGUACCACCACCAGCACCAGGAACACCACCAGCAGGGCCAGCAGGGCCAUCAGGGCCAUCAGGAGGAACACCAGCAGGGCCACCAGCACCAGGAGGAUCAACACCAAGUGGAACGACAAACACGAGUAAUGUUAUACUUGUUCGGAGAACAUUUGUAAGUGGAGAAGUAUCAGAACCAGAAAAGAAGGCAUUUGUUGCAACGGCGAGAGCAUUGGAAUUGUAUUUAGAAUUGAAAGAGAAAUGUAAAGGUUUACAAGGAGACUGCGGGUUUAGAAAGGAUUGCCCAGGGUGUGAAGCGGCCUGUAAAGAAAUAGACAAGUUGUGUGAAGGAAUAGAAGGAUUAAAAGUUACACCGCAUCAUACGGUGAUAUCAACGGCGACACAGACAACGACGACGACAGCAACGACAACGACGACGACGACAACAACAACGACGACGACGACGACGACGACAACGACGGCAACGACGACAGAGUCGGUAGAUGGAGGGAAGGUAACGGAAGAAUGUACAUUAGUUCAGACGACAGAUACAUGGGUGACGAGUACAUCGUUGCAUACGAGUACGUUGACAAGUACAUCUACAGUGACAUCAACGGUGACAUUGACGUCGAUGCGAAAAUGCAAACCUACGAGAUGUACGAGUGAUUCAAGUAAAGAAACAGAAACACAAAAAGAGGAAGAGAAAGAGGAAGAAGUGAAACCGAAUGAAGGAAUGAAAAUAAGAGUUCCGGAAAUGAUAAAAAUCAUGUUGUUGGGAGUGAUUGUUAUGGGAAUGUUGUAA